AUGGAGGAGGUGCCCAGUCCGGAGGCCGGUGGCGCAAAGCAGCCCAAAACAACUAAUCACGAACCCAUCCGAUUCGGGAUUGACCAAAUUCUCGGUGGCUCGGAUCAAGAGAGCGGUCGGUCGAACAGUGACAGGAGCGGGUCAGAGAGUGGUGUGGAAGGCUACCGCCUGAGCAGUCCUAUUGGAACAUGCGCUGCACCUUACACGGCUCUGUCUGUGUCCUUGUCCGGCUUCACUGGUCCGUUGGAGGACUUGCAUGUGUAUGGAAUGAACAGAACUCUUGUACCCAGGGGGGUUAUUCGAGUUCCGGCGCAUAGACCUCUCGCAGCAGCCGUUCCGCCACCCAUGACCAGCGCAGUGCCCAAUAUCGGAAGUCUGUGCUUCCCAUGGAUGGAAAACAACCGUAGGUUUGCCAAGGAUAGACUACCAGCGCUUAUCCCCUUCACUGUCACACGGCGCAUUGGACAUCCUUACCAGAAUCGCACACCGCCGAAGAGGAAAAAGCCUCGGACUUCUUUCUCCCGCGUCCAAAUCUGCGAGCUGGAGAAGAGGUUUCACCGACAGAAGUACCUCGCCAGUGCCGAGAGAGCCUCACUGGCUAAAUCACUAAAAAUGACAGACGCCCAAGUUAAAACUUGGUUUCAGAACCGUCGAACAAAAUGGAGGAGACAGACGGCCGAGGAAAGAGAAGCGGAACGGCAGCAGGCCAAUCGAAUGCUGCUCCAGCUGCAAGCCGACGCCCUCCAGAAGUCCCUCGGCGAAUCGGUGUCGAGCGACCCGCUGUGCAUGCACAACUCCUCCCUGUACGCCCUGCAGAACCUGCAGCCCUGGGCACAGGAGGGCGCGGGGGGCAAGCUGGGCCCCGGGAACGCCACGGCCUCAGCACUGGCCUGAGAACAGUUAUGGACCAGUUAAGGAACAUUGAAGCAUA